AAAAUAGUAUAUAAACUUGAUCAGAUUAUAUUAUUAAACAUAAAGUAUUUAAACAACAAAUAACUUACUUUACCAUGAUGCUUUUGGUUAACAUUAUUCUCGCUAUUACCGUAUGUGUGGUUGGCAUAAGCCGGGCCGCACCUGCAACCACCAUGGCUACAACACCACAAUGCCCUAAUGUUAACGGAAUGACCACUAUUGAUAUGACAAAGCUAACGGGUCUGUGGUAUCUUGUGGCAAUGACACCUACCUCGAUUAAUCAGACCUGUCCACUGCAAUGUCCACGAAUAACCUUUUCACAAUCAACCAGCAACAUACAAUCGAUGAUACUGAACACCGACUACACUAGCUACAUGCUUAUGUACUCUUGUACGAUUGUUAAUACAACACUAGUUGAGACAUUUGACGUGUUUGGUCGGCAGCCAAACCUGGCGGAGCAUUUACAACAGGCUAUAAAUAGAGAGGCUAUGUUAAUGUCGCCCCCGAUCGCCAGUCCCGUCAGUUCAACGCCAGCCAUGCCUUCUAUGACAACUAUUCCCGAAGCAGACAACAAGAUUGAGCGCAAAUACCCGGUGUCGGAGCGGUUUAAUACACUACUACCCUAUGAGUGCAAUCCCUUGCAAACGAUUGAACCGUUAAUUGCCGACGGACUAUCAUGGUCGUUUGACACCAGUCAAUUUACCAAGGCCCAGUUUGUGCGCAUAGAGGGCACUGCCAUUUUCACCGGUUAUUUUUGGCCGUUCACUAAGGAUCAUGACAAAUUUGACGCGCUGCUCAAAAUGAUCAUUCACUUUUUCGUGGCCGACGACCAUGAUGAAACUGUUUAUGGUCAUAUUGAUCGCGAUGCCGACAAAGCGGCUGCAAUUCUGGGCCAAUUGUACGCCGUGUGCGACAAACUAGAGGGUAAGGACGCUGGGGGUCGACACGUGUCGGCCAUACGCUGGAAGCCUUAUAUUCUGGCCGCGUAUGCCGUCUAUAACGAGAUCUAUUUGGCCUUAAAUGAGGUCCAAAAGCGACGCUUUUUACAUGUGUUUAGGGAAUGGAAUGAAGGGAUGAUUGAAGAGUGCUAUGAUUUGCAGGCAAAACGCAAAUUCAAUAAUCUAGAUGAAUAUAUUGAGGUUAGGGGCAAAUCAAUCGCAACGAUGCCGUUACUGCAUCUCAUUGAAUACGCGGACAACCUGUACGUACCGGAGCCCGAGUGGAAUCAUCCAUCGAUGCAGGCGUUGUUCGCGCACUUGAAUCGGGCGCUCAUAAUAUGCAACGACAUGUACUCAUUCGAGAAGGAGUUGUUGGACGCCGGGGGCCGACCCGAC